GCGCGCAGCCCAAAAUUUCCGAACGCCAGCGCGCGCUCGCUCGCCGCCCACCGAGGCGCUGCACUUUUCCCUUCUCCAGCUUUUUGGCUCUCCACCGUGGGUGGCCUCCCGCAGCCAAACCAAACCACUCCCCAUUCUCCUCCUUCCCCGCACGCUCCCGCGGGCGAAAUCGGGAAAGGAACGGCGGCCGCGCGUCCCGUGGCGAGUGCAGUUGCAUCUGCACGGUUGGCGGUGACGAAUUUGCUGUUAAUUUAGCAAAUUGGUGAGUAUCUGGGAGUUGCAAUGUCUAAAAACACUCAGGACAGUGGCCGUCGGGCCUUAGGGGACUUGACAAAUGUCCUCGGCAAACGGCCAGCCUCAUUUGAUCUGGAGAAGAAUGCUGGUGGACUCAAGAUUAGCCGUGUUGACAAGGUCGUGGAGCCCAGGAAAGAGUCUGACGAAAAUGCAAAGGCCACUGGUGGGGUGUCAGGAAACUUUACUGGAAAUUUGUUUGAUGGUGUUGGCAAACAGAACUUUGCAGCGACUUCAAUUUUCCAUGAUGCUAAGGUUCAGCACAUGGCUGCUGAGGCAGCUGGGCUGCUAUCCAAGCAGGAUGGUGAUGUGAGGAAUCAUGGCAUCUCGUUGGAUUCUUCUGGUCUCAAUGAUAAGGAGGAUUCAUCGCUGGAAUCAGAAAGUGGCUGUGAAGAGGAAGAUGGUGAUGACAUAGAUAGUGCGUUGCUGCCAUAUGCCAGAGAGACUAGUAAAAUUGCAACUAAUGACAAGGUUAAUGAGGGUGAAUGUCUGACACAAGAGGAGAUGGGUGUAUCAUCAGGAAAUCAGAACCCACAGUCUUCAUUUGACUUUACAGCUGGUGAUGUGCCAUGUACUAAUGCCCAGCAUCCUUCAAUGGGGGAUGGCUUAUUGGCAGAGUCCGGUGUUGCUACAAAGUCUUGCGCUUGCUCUUUCUGUCUUAAAGCUGCUUUCAUGUGGGCUGAUCUCCAUUACCAGGAUGCAAGAAGUCGGCUUGGUGCCUUGAAGAAGAGCAUAAAGUUAGCAAGGUCGCUGGGGGCAAAAAGCCAUGGAAAUGAAUAUCCUUUCAAUGCAGGUGGAUACAACUCAAAAAGAGCUGCAGAGAUGGGGUUUGAACUAUCUCAGCAACAAAGAUCGCUCUUUCUUCAUACUGAAAAUGUCCUUCUUCGGGAGUCUGCACAGCUUCAUUCAGGUGUUGUGAAGUUGAAGGACUUGAGAGAUGACUGCAAGACAGAUCUAAAUAUAUGAUGAAAGAUUCUUUGUUGGGGAAAUGAGUUUUGCUGCCCUGAUAUGUGCUAGGAUAAGAUGGAUCUGUCUGGAUCAAGGUGUAUGGUAUUUGAUUAUCUGCUAGGAAAUUUAGGUGGCUAUCAGUUAGGUUGUUUUGGCUGCAGUGAUCGCUCAUAUCUUAAAGCACCGACUCACAUGUUAGCCUAUGUAAAGUUUCAUCAGAGGGUAUGCUGGUGUAAAAAUCUUACUUGGAAGUUGGGAACUGUAGGUUUAUCAGUUGUGACAGGAGUCCCUUCAGUUGUUCAGUUGUACCUGCUCUCCAACGAGCUAGACAGGAAGGCAGAGCUAUGUCGUUUGGCUCGUUUCCAUGCUUGCUUCUGAUGUUUCCAAUACUUCAUGCUGCAUCCUGUGAUAACUGCCUAUUGGUCUUUUUUUUUCCUGUACUCCCGUCGUUGAUUGCA